AAUCGAGAUAACAAACCGACAAGCCGACCGAGCGGGAGCUGUCUCGCCGAUUUCUAAUUUGCAACAGCAAAAAUCCAAAUAAAUUAGCAGAGUGCCAGUGAAGUGAGUGAGCGUGAGUGCAGCAAGUCGAAAUAUAAAUAUUGUCAUUUACGCCGUUUCAAAUUAUAUUUCCGCGAGCAUUUCUCAGCGUUCUGUUUAAGGCUAAUCGAAAGUGAACCCAAAAUAUAUUAUUCCAAGUGAAAAGGACUAGCCCAAAGAUACACACACACACGCACCGAAAAAUACCGACAGAUCUGUAGUCCUUUUCGAGUUUUCCGUGAGUGCAACAAAUACAGACACACCACCCAUACAUACACACACACACACUCUCGUUCGACUUUCAAUAUGGCGGAUGUCCUGGAGAAAAGCUCACUGCUGGAUGCUGUGCCACCACUAGGCGACCCCCACCCACCGCUGCCCCACCAGCAGCUGCAACAGGAAGCAGCAGCAGCAGCAGCAGCAAAUGCCGCACCACCAGCACCACCGCAGCAGCAACAACCACCACCGCAUCAGCAGCAGCAGCCGCAACAACAGCAACUGCAACAGAAGCCAGCAAAUGCGAGGGCUAAUCAGGAUCAAAAAGAGGGCGACAACGACAGCGGCGUGGAUGAGUCCACUCAGGAGAAGGAUCGCAACGGACCCAACUCGCCCAGUUCGCCCGUGAAAACGCCCACAUCGACCUCAUCGAAGCCGGACAAGUCGGGCACGUCGCGUCCACCGAGUGCCACGCCCUCGAACAAGUCAGCCCCCAAGUCGCGCAGCGCCUCCAAGAACCGCUUGCUCCUCAAGACCCCAGAGCCCGAGCCAGUCAAGAAAGUUCCAAUGAACAAGGUACAAGUCGGACAUGCGCCUUCACCCAAUCUGAAGGCGGUGCGCUCCAAGAUCGGAUCCCUGGACAAUGCCACCUAUAAGCCGGGUGGCGGCCACGUGAAAAUCGAGUCCAAGAAGAUCGACAUCAAGGCGGCGCCGCGCAUCGAGGCCAAGAACGACAAGUACAUGCCAAAGGGCGGCGAGAAGAAGAUAGUUACAACAAAGUUGCAGUGGAACGCCAAGUCCAAAAUCGGUUCGCUGGAGAAUGCCGCCCACAAGCCGGGAGGCGGGGACAAGAAGAUCGAGACCCUGAAGAUGGACUUCAAGGACAAGGCCAAGCCGAAGGUGGGCUCGACGGCCAAUGUGAAGCAUCAGCCGGGUGGCGGAGACAUCAAGAUCCAAACGCAAAAACUAGAAAUUAAGGCACAAAGCAAAGUUGGCUCUUUGGAUAAUGUAAAGCACAAGCCCGGUGGCGGUGAGAAGAAGAUUUUCGAUGAUAAGGAUUAUUUGAAAAAUGUUGAACACUCUGUUGCACUGACAACACCACCAACACAGUUUGCGGCACAAGGGCGCUUGAUUGCCACGAUCCAUCUAGAAUUCGGUCUCUGUAACUCAGACUGUGUGUGUAACAAUAUAUUUGAGUCGCUUUUUAAAUGAACUCCCCCUAGCUUUAACCCAGACAUCCAUCAACUAACUACUGUACUGUACCUAAGUCAAACGAUUAACUGAAGCAGGACUAAAAAGAAAGCAACUAAACUAAACUGAACGAAACUGAACUAAACUCAACCGAACAAAAGUCGAACUCAACUAGAUAAGCUCAAACCGGAUAUGAAUCGAAUGAGUUUGCAAGAGUUUCUAUUUUAAAUUGUAACCAAUAUACAUACAUACCUACAUAUACACACAUAUGUUUAUGCAUUCUUCGAGGGUUAGCCCGCGAUGAUGUAAGCUGGCCUGUCCCUGGGUAAACUCCCAAGGAUCAGGUGGAGAUUGAAUCCCGAUCCUUGGGAUUCUGCUCUCGGGCAAGGUCAGCAGUGCCCGCGAAGGGCCCAGCUGUUUGUUAACUCCUUUAGUACCUAGCGAAUGUCCUUUAACAAAGUAUUAUUAUUAUUUAUAUAUAGUAUUAUUUCAAUGGCGAACAGCCAGGAAACCUUACACUACUAGGAUAGUACAAAUUUUGAACUAUAUACUGAUCCGCAAUUGCUUAAACCCCAAUAACUCCGACCCUGAGGACGGUUUAGCGAAAGGCUGCCCAGCAUUUAUAUCAUCAUCAUCAUCAUCUUCAUCUAACAACCGUGCUUUGCUCACUCACACUAAAACACAAUACCACUCAAAACCUCUACUCACAUCAGUUUUAAAUUACUCUUAAUUAUGUGCUUAAUUUCUGUGCUUAAUAUUUCUAUUCUGUUUAUUUUAGGAAUAUAUAUACAAUUUUUAUUAGGCUAGUCAUACGAAAACUAAGUGCAUUAAAUUCGAAAUUCGUACCGAGUUGCGUCCAUUAGAGUUAUUUAUCGCCUAUCGCUACUUUUAACUACCACAUCAUAUAAUCGAGUUAUCCGAAUGCAAUGCGGUUUUAAACAAUAUAGAAACAUUCGAUCCGAUCGAUUCGAUUUGAUCACGCAAAUCCCGUAAGUUAAUGUGCGUUGCGAGUCCUUCAAAGACAUGUCCGUUGCGUAUAUAGAUAGUUAUAUAUACCUAAAUAUUUAACAGUGCUGUGAUAGACUAACCGAACCGUUGGUAACGAUCCAAGCCGACCUGCAUCCAUUCCAAACCAAGCUCAACUUCAUAGAAAGCCCCCAAAACGGUUUCAUGGCCAUUUGCUUGCGACUCCCCCGGUUACUCCAAUGCAUUCCAUCCAACCAACCAACUCAUGACUUUUGGUUUACCCCUUAAUAGUUUACUUUAUGAUUUGUGCAAUCGAUACGCAUUCACGUUUAUAUUUUUUGUCUUGAACGCAGAGUCCACUACCAUCCAUGACGGCUUCUGGCGCUGAUGAAAAUUUAAAUCAACAAAGCUAAAUGCCGAAAUGCCCGAAAUGCAUGUCGAGCUGUAUCUGAAAAACUGAAUCUGAAACUGACUCUUUCUUUGCUAAGAUCGAAAGUGAAAUACGAGCAGCUAAUUUGAAACGUACUAUCUAAGCAAAAAAUCCACACAAUGCAAAACGAGAGUUAUGCGAUAAUUCCCACACACCCAGAUAAUUCACAAGCCAGUAAUGCGAUCAGAUCAAUUCUAUAGAGGUGCAAGCACGCAAUGAGAUGCAGAUACUCGUACAUCUACACCACCACCCCACAUAGAAGCGGUAUUUGGUAUACAAUCGAAGUAUAUUUGACUAGUUGAGCAAUGCACUCUUUAUCAUCAGAUAGCAGACAUGAAUUAUAUAUCUCAAUGUAUUCCAGAACUUCAUAUAUACAUACAAAUCUAUAUAUAUAUACAUAUAUAAAUAAAAGUAUCUAAAUAUUUAAGCAAAUUAUACAAGAAUCGUACGAAUAAAGUGUAUGCUUAGUUGAAAAUGUUACCACUUGACGUCUAAAUGUUAAACGACUAAGAUAAUGCAACCAUUUAGAUACUUUUGCGACCAGUAAAAACCAAAACCAAAACCAAACCCAACAGAACCGAUACGAAACAAAACAAAACGAACCGAACCGAACAGAUGAGAUAAUACCACGUAUAAGCAUAUUUUUACUAUUAAUUUGUAUCUUAUUAGUCAAGCGCAUCAUUCUCACGAUUUAUUUACACCCUGUUACAAAAUGUAAGGACAAUGGCAAAAUUUAAGCAAAUAAACAAACAAAAAAAACGUUUUUUCAUUUACCAAA